CCUAACCUAACUUCAUACCUCUUUCUUAUUUUCUUCUUCGCUUGCUUUUAAGAAAACUAUUAUGACUCAACUAUUUCGAUCCAAAACUUGUGGACUUAGAAAUAGAAGUAAAGAUUUUGAUUCAAAUCCAAAUAGUCCUUGCAGCCAUAAAAAUGAAGAACAAGAAGAAGAUGAAUUUGAUGAUGAAGAAGAAGAAGGAUAUGAGGAGGAAAGAGAAAAUGGAUAUUGUAGGAUGAAUCCAAUUUCAACACCGUUAAUUGUACCAGAAUCUAGAGAGAGAAAGAAUGAAAAUAAUCAGCAGUUUCAGAUCUUGACAAUAUGCGUUGCAGCUUUAAGAAAAUCAGUAGCUACUUGUGGUGUCGAUAAAGAAGAAUUUUGUUCCUCGAUUGAUAUUAGUUCUCCCACUAAUGUUAAACACGUUUCUCAUGUUACAUUUGAUAGAUUUAAUGGUUUUCUUGGUCUACCUGUUGAAUUCAAACCCAAAGUUCCUACCAGGGUUCCAAGUGCCAGUUCAAGUGUUUUUGGAGUUUCUUCCGAGUUUAUGAAAUGUUCGUACGAUCACAGAGGAAACAGUGUGCCCACAAUUCUCCUCAUGAUGCAAAGGCGCUUGUACUUGGAAGGGGGUCUUCGAACCGAAGGAAUCUUCCGAAUCAACCCUGAACAUACCCAAGAAGAGCAUGUCAGAGACCAGUUAAACAGGGGAGUUGUGAAGCAGGGAAUUGAUGUGCAUUGCGUGGCAGGUCUAAUAAAGGCAUGGUUCCGAGAACUUCCCUCAGGGGUACUCGACUCCCUUACACCGGAUCAGGUAAUGCAUUGCAACACAGAGUCAGAGUGUGUGCAACUCGUGAUGCUACUGCAGCCUACAGAUGCCGCAUUGCUUGACUGGGCCAUCAAUUUGAUGGCUGAUGUUGUGCAGAACGAGAAUCAGAACAAGAUGAAUGCACGAAACAUUGCUAUGGUGUUUGCACGUAACAUGACACAGAUGGCAGAUCCCUUGACUGCACUAAUUCAUGCUGUGCAAGUUAUGAAUUUUCUGAGAGCGCUUGUUAUGAAAACUGUCCGAGAAAGAAAAGAAUCUGGUUUCGAGUCUGGGGAGUUAUCUUCAUGCUCAGAGUUAGCGGAGAUCAGUGACCUGCAUCCAUCAUUGUCGGACAGUGAAACUGGUGAAUGGUCUUGCAAACGGACAACCAGAGAUACCAUUUCCUGUGGUUCCUUCUCAGGUGACCUCCUUCAUCUUAACCCUAGAAGCAGUUUGGGAUCUGCGAUUGAGCAUUACCACGAAAGGAGUAUGAAUGAUGAAGGACAAACCAGUACGCCUGUCAAGUGCCAAAUUAGGACUAAAGAAAAUGGGUAUAAAGAUGAUACGAGAGAUGCAGAACGUUUCUUGGAUAGGUUGAGUUUGAGAAAAGGGGUGAGGAAACUUCGUCAGCACCCUGUGUUUCAGUUGAGUAAAUCAUUUAGAAAACCCGCAGAAGAAGUUGACAUAUGAAAGUACAGUUUGGUUUAUGGAAGCAGACCCGGCAUUAAGGAAAAUCCAUCAGUGCCUUUGCUUUGAGACACUGGCACAAGGGCCCAUUUGUAGCAUAGAGACUAUUUGCACAAGUUGAUUUGUUCUAGCGUAGAGACUAUUUGCACAAGUUGAUCAGUUGAGUAGAAUGAAAAUUAAGGGGCAUAAGAACAUGUUUACAUAAGAGUGCAAAGGAUAUAGUGAACAUAAAAGUAGCAGCAAAAUGCCCAAGCCUCACUUCUCUUCAAGUGAACUUACUGGACAAUUGAUUCUUUGGGAAGAAUGAAAAUUAAGGGGUAUAAAAUAUAUUUACAUAGGGGUGCAAGGGCUUAUUAUAUACUGACGAUAAAAGGGAGCAGCAAAAUGCGCAAACCUUACUUCUCUUGAAGUGCACUGAAUGGACAAUUCCUUUAUUUUAUUUUCUUUAAUCAACUUCGAGUUCUGAUUUAUUUA